GUCAGUCUUGUUCCUCCCGUCUGUGUAACUUGUGGUGAGUAGGAGAAAAGGGCCAGUCCCUGUAUGCAGAUAUAAUCUGGCCCUGCUGUGUCUGCCUUCAGUAGCAUACAGGGGAAAGUACCAUUUGGAUACUUCAGAUACUUAGGGCACAGCAGAACACAGACAUUAAAACAUCCUCAUUACAUGUACAGCUCAGGAAGCGAAGUAACGCAUCAGUGCACAGCAGAGGAAACUCAGGACUUGUACAGUCGUCAUUUCUUAACAUCUGUCUUCCUGCGUUCCCCGGGCUAAGAGCGCUCCUAACCCCGCUGUUGGACUGACGAUGCCGGAGCCUACCCAGAAUUUCCAGAACCGUAUCCUCGUGUUGUGGAACACCGUAAUCACAAUAUUGCUAAUUGUGCUCUUCGUCCUAUACUUCACAGACGGACAUAAAGGCUUGGAAAAUAGUGCUGUAAAAUCAUCCAAAAUUUCCUCCACGGAAGAGAGAUGGACAACCACCACCCCCCCUAGCACCGUCUCAAUUAAAGGAAAAAUGCUCAGCUUUCAGUUUAGCACAGAUGGAAGUAAUUUAACAUGGAAGCAAAUUCAAUCAGAUAAAACCCUGCUUUCAAAAGUCAACAAUGGCCUGAGCACGAACGUGGAUGGAUACUAUUUCCUAAAUCUUCAGAUUACAGUGGAUCCAGGCUGUCGCAUAACAGAUCAAUCCAGUGUGAGCCUGGUGCACAUACGGGAGGACAAAAGUAAACAAACUCCCCUACAGGGCUCGAUUAACAAAGAAACAAACAGCACAGGUAUUCUCAGCAAGGUAGUGGAGUCCGGUGCUGGAGAGAUGCUGAUAUUCAACAUUAGUAAGUCAAUACUCGAUUGUGUUGAUACAAAUGAGAGUAAAACUCACCUGGAUAUCAUCUUCAUGCCACGGCCUUGGAUGUAAGUUCAUUAUUCUAAAUCCUCUGCAUAGUGCACAACACCUUUCCAGCUUUGAAACCCACACUGAAGCAAACCUAGUCUGACUCUUGUUGGGUAUACUUGUUCACUUUGGAUGGAUCACACUUUGAUUUUGGCCUGUUGAUCUACAGAUUAGCAAUUUACCUAACGAUUUUUGUAAAAGAUGCUUAAAAAAGAGGAGUUUGAUAAGAGGUUGGAUGAAAACCUCGUCUCUUUUCACAUUCCGGUCUAGAGAUCGCCUAAAACAGGGUUUAUAACGAUCCAGUGAUGUUCAGUUUUGUAAAGUAGAUAUAGCAAACCAGGUAUUGGUCUCAGGUUGUAUCAUCACUACAAAGUCACACUUGAAAACAGCGCAAUGUAUGUAACGUAUUGUGUAUUUAAUGGACUAGAAAACCAAAGCUGGAUUGUUUUCAUUGUUCUCAAAUAGCUGUUUUAAAAAGAUACUUUGAAGCGGGUUGUUCAGAAUUGACAGAUCUCACUUGUUGAAACUAUAUUUCUUUGUCAAAGCUUUGUAUGUUUAAACUAUCUAGUAGCUGAUUUCAAGAAUGUAUUGUGCUGAAGUGUCACAUUUAGCAGCAGGAAAUUGCUUUUUAUGUUUGCACAGAUUAUACUUUCUAAUGUCUGAUUCAUUUCUUAUUUUGUUUUGUUAACAUUGUAUGAAUUCUGUAUUUAAGUUUAUUUAUUUAUUUCUAGCAACAAAAAACAUGUGCAGCAUAUGAUUUAGACGCAUAAUGAAUGUAACAAAAAAACCCAUGGCAGGUCGGCUAAUAAUCUAUGAAUGUUUUUUUUCUCAAUGAUAAUGUUUCACAGGGUGUACCAGUCACAAACUGGUAGUGAGUCACUGGAAUCUAUGUAGAGAAUUGACUUUGUUUGUUGAAAGAAUGUAGUUCAUAUUUUGUAAAUCAGAAAAAGAACAAAGGUGUAGUUUUGAUUUACUUGACCAAUAACAUACCUUGAUAUUUCAUUUCUUUAGUCUAAAGUUAAGUGUGAAAUGACUUGAUAAGCUCCAGACAUCCUUGACUACAUGUACUAUACAUUAUGACACGUGAAAACACAAGUCGCGGUGGUUGUUGCGGUAGGUUUCAUGUGUUUGAGAUUUGAAAGAAAUGCUGGGUUUUUUCACUUUUUGUAAUUUUUUUUGAUGUUUUAGUGGAAGAGGAAGCUGCUUAUGCAUUUGAAAAGAUAUCUCAGGGAACUGUUAAAUGUGUGUGUUUAAAUUUGACUUUAACCAUUGUUAUGAAAAAAAAUAAGAGAAUGUCUUAGUUAAAAA